AUGCUACAGAUACCUUCCCUUCGGAUCACGGCUCAAAAAUACCCGUUCCAAUCGUGCAUUUCACGUAUAGGGAACCGACAUCAUUGGUACCUAUUAGGUAUUGGGAUCCGCGAGAACAAGUUGGUGCCUCAAGCACCUACAAGUAUAAACAAUACAGUUUGCCCGCACCGAUGGGAUGCUGAAGCGACCAAGCUCGACCGAAACUCCCCAGAAGAGAGGUUGACGAAGGCAGUUGGCGUAGAAUAUAUUGCCAACAAGUCUGAAUUGUUCCAAUUCCAUGCAUCGACCAUGCUGCUCUUCUGGACAAGUCACCUCAAGACAUCCAUGUACGGACCAAGAACUGACCCCGCUUCUCUUCCAAUGAAGCCUAAGUCUGUGUGGACUUCGUACAAGUCGAAGCUUGCUCUUGGACAAUUAAUCGAUGACCUAAAUAUUUCGAUUCGGUUCCAAGCAGUCUCGCCAUGUCUUUCCUUAAACAAAUGCUUCAAAGCUCCCGAGAUGCCUAGAACUCAAGGCUUCCGAGCUGUUCAGAAGUGA